UUCUGAAUAGUCGAAUUCUCUGAACAAAAUAUAUAAAAUUAAGUAAACUUGUGAGAUUAAGUAACAAAGAAUAAAAAUUUUUUUCACAUUCUAUAAAUAAAUUUGUGUGAAAUUAACGAGUAGUGAUAAUAUUGAUAUUAACAAGAAAAGAAAAUCAAUUCUUAUCAGUCAAAGAGAGCAUUAUCAUCAUGUUAUAGUAUUUAUUUACCUAUGAGAUGAGAAAUUUUUUCUCGAGAAUUUAUCAAUAAUUUCAAAAAAAAAAAAAAAAAAAUGCAUACGAAUUGUAAAAUGAGUCAGAGAAAUAAUUACAGACUUGAGGAUUUGAGACGUUUGGAGCAAGCACUAAAGACAGCAUCGGCUUAUAUGACAAACUAUGCAAGACACGAGGACACGGCAAUAUUUAUUGGAAGUACAAGAUCUGGAAAAAGUUCCCUAAUCAAUUAUCUCAUAGGAAAUAAAUUAAUUGGUAAAAAAGUUGCAAUAUGUAAACCAGUGGCCUUGAUAAAAGCCGAUACAUCGCCUGGACCACAAAUUGGAAUUGGCUCAACAUCCGAAACGGCAAUACCAAGUCGUUGGGAUUCAAAGAGUCUCUCAGGUUUGGGAAUAUGGGACGCGCCUGGUUUCGACGAUAAUCGCGGUGUUGUUCAAGAUAUUACAAAUGCCUUCUAUAUUAAUGAACUUUUCAAAAAUAUCAAAUCAGCGAGAAUUGUUUUAGUCACCGAUAUCAAUGACAUUGCAAACGAUAGUAUUAGACCUUUCUUAUCGCUUUUAAAUUCAGUCGAACGUAUAUUGAAGGAAAAAAUGAGAGACUGUUUCUCAAGUGUUGCGGUGAUAUUUACAAAAGUACCCGAUUCAUUGCACGACAAUCGGGUUGAUAAGAAAUUCAUCAACGAAUUACUCAAAGAACAAUUUCUCUCCAGUAGUGCAAUUGACAUUUCCGAAGCGGCAAAAGAAUUCAUUCGUCAUUUAAUAAAGAAUAAUCAGAAUAUCGGUUUUUUUAAGAAAGCAGCCGCUGGUAAUGUCACUGAACCGGCAAUCGACGAUUGCAUUACAGACGCUAUUAAAAGUACAAGUGGUGUGGAUGAAAAAAUUUUGAAACAAGUCUCACCCAGUAUUUCCGAGGGUUCAAAAGUAUUUCUCUUCGAAGUUCGCGAACAAUUAUCAUCGAUGAAGGAAUUCAAUCAAUUGCAAAAAUUAGUUGGCAGUAUUUUUGGGAAUAAAUUGAAUGAAUUUGAAAUAAUGAAACAAGAUGGUGUUAGUUGUGAACGUCUGAUUGAUAUUAAUCAGGAAUUAUUUAUCAUUAAGGAACAAUUUAAGAAAGUUUUACGCUCAACGACAAAUUUACAUAGUAAAAUAUUGACAAUUGAAAAAAUUGAUUCUUCUAUUGAGAAUUUUAUUGUUAAUAAGAAUUUAUUGCAAAAGGCAAAGUUUAUGGAAUUUGUCGAUCAAUUGUUAGAUUUAAAGGAGAGUCGUCAUUUUGAUUUUAAUUUACACGGUAUUAUUUUGACGGCAAUGACUAAAGUUGAGGAAUUAAUAAUUUGGGUGAAAUUGCAAUUGGGCGAAAUGACGAGAAAAGAGGCUGAAGAGGAAUUGUAUCGAUCGAAAAAAAAUUACGAAGUUGAAAUUAAUCAAUUGAAAACCGAGGUCAAAUGUGCUAAGGUACAUAAUAAUAAAGUUCGUAUCGAAUUGGGUCCACUAGCUCGCGCUGGCGCAACUGUUGACGAUUUGAUAAAGGUCAUUGGACUCUUUUUUUCGAAAUUUAAAAUCAAAUUUCGGUGAAAAAAUUAUAAAUAAUUAUAAAUAAAUUAAUAAAUAAAUAAAUAUAAAUUAAUAAAUAAAUAAAACUUAAUUAAUUUGGUUUAAAUAAAAUUUUAUUUGACUCAAAUAUAUGUUUUAUUUAUAUCGAAUAAAAAUUUUAUUUAAGGAAGAAUCCGACAAACAAUCGGAACAAAAGUUAGUCCAAUAUCAUCAUUUCGUAUUUAAAAAAAAAGUCAAAUUAAAUUUUAAAUUCUUUCUGGUAGAAUUUAAUUUUCUUCAUUUUGAACAUUUUACAGUUA